GAUGCUGAAUACUAAGAGCGUUAUAUUUUUCGUUUUAUGUUUUCUUAUAUCGAAUGCAAGCGAAAUACAGACAGAUUUAAAGACAUUUUUAGGAGAACUUGAAAUAUAUGUAAAUAAAAGAAAUGAUAUCGUUUUUCUCUUAGACGAAUCUGGCAGCGUUGGCUCAGAAGUCUUUAAAAAAGAACUGUUGUCAACUGAAUUAUUUGCAAGGAUACUUACAAUUUCUCCUUCAGGAAAUAUCCCCGCAAUUGUUACGUUUUCGAGUGGUUAUGUAGUUCAUUUAAAUUCUAUUUCGGAAUUUAGAGACGUCGACAUGUGUUCAUUUUUGCCAAUUAUAAAGAACGUUCCGUACGCGGGUGGAGCCACAAACACUGCAAAAGGCUUAUCGGUAUCGGGAGAAAUACUACAAAACUCAAAAAGGAGUGAUAUUAAAAAUAAAAUUAUAUUUGUGAUAUCUGACGGUCAAAGCAACGAAGGAGGCGAUCCAGCUAUAGUCGCAAACGAACUUAAAAGUAAAGGUAUUAUAAUCUUCGGAAUUGGCGUUGCAGAAGUUAACUAUAAAGAAUUGCUUAACCUUGCUACUGCACCACAAAAUAUUUAUAUUCUAAAUGAUUUUAAAGAAAUUCACCAGUUGAAUGAGAAAAUAAAAGAUGACAUUAUUGAAAAAUCUUGGGAUGCUGUGAAUUCCUCUCACUGUAAUUCUCAAUGUGACAAAAAUGCUGGUUGUUUUUGCGGAUCGACUGGAGGAAAGUUUCAAUGUGCUUGUCUUCCUGGAUAUAGAGGAACUGAAACCGAUAAUGAAUGCAAACCAUGUCCUAAAGGUUCUUACUCCGAUAAGCCAAGUAAAAGAGAUUGUAUUGCAUGUCCUAUUAAUUCAACAACAAGUAAAGAAGGGAGCAAAAGUAUCAAAGACUGUUUCUGUCUUCUUGGACAUGAAGGAAAUCCAGAAAAUGAAUCUGCUUGUAAACUUCCUGAAGGUGGAUCUUUAAUACCUCCAAAUAAAUGUGGAAAUACAUUUAACAGUUCGUGUACAUUUAAAUGUAAAGAAGGAUAUUGUCCAUAUUCAUGUGAAAGAAAUAUUAGUUUAGAAAAUAAUGAACGUCCUUGGGAUAUUGAACCAGAAGAACCUAGAAAAUGUUUGGAAACAAAGAAUUGGUCUGGAGUAGAAUUUUAUUGUGAAAAAAUUAAAUGUUCAGCUUUAAAUUUUCCAAAAGAUGGUAGUCAUAAUUGUUCUCAAUCAGAUUUUGGAUUUGGAACGGUCUGUCAAAUGAAAUGUGACGAAGGCUAUGUAUUGCAUGGUUCUGUUAAUAGGCAAUGUCAAAGUAAUGGUAAAUGGGAUGGAAAAGAUACAACAUGCAAAGCUGUUCAGUGUCCUGUUUUGAAGAUCAAUAAGCUUCUUCGAGUAAAGCCAAAGUCAUGUUUUAAGGAUAAAAGUGAACUUAAUACUGUCUGUCGAUACUUUUGUAAAGAAGGAUACAAGUUGGUUACUUUAAAAGACUUUUCAGAAAAUCAAGAUAUUGGAAUCAGAAAAUGCUUAACCAAUGGAACUUGGUCUAGAUCAUAUGAAAAAAUUACUUGUAAAGAUACUAUGCCUCCUUCUUUGAAGUGCCCUGAUGAUAUUAUGAAAUUUACUGAUAAACAUAAACCUACUGGAAAGGUUACUUGGAAUCCUCCAAUUGUUACUGACAAUGUUAAAGUUGCAAGUGUAAAAAUUGUUAAUCCUCCAAAAUUAAAAAAAGAGUCUUAUUCUUUUAAUAUUGGUGAUAAUAUAGUUACAUAUGUGGCUUCUGAUGUAUCUGGAUUAAAUGCAACUUGUUCUUUUCAUGUUAUCAUUAAAGAUAUUGAACCUCCAAGGGUUAAAAACUGUCCAAAGGAUAUAGUCAUUUUUCAUGGUAAAAGCAGUCCCAUUUCUGUUAACUGGACAGAACCUGAAUUUGAAGACAAUUCAGGAAAGAUUAAAACAGAUUCAAAAUAUCAAAAUCGAAAGAGUGGUGAUGAAUUUCGAUGGGGUCUACCAGCUCCUGUUUAUUAUAAUGUUUCAGAUCCUUCUGAAAAUAGUGCUGAAUGUCGUUUUAAUGUAAUUGUAAAACCAUAUGCUUGUAAAUAUGAACCACCACCACUUAAUGGUGCUUUGGUAUGUGAUAAAUGGCUUGGAGGUGGUCAAUUCUGUAAAGUAUAUUGUGAAGAUGGAUAUGAUUUUAUUAGAACGCCUGAAAAAGAAUAUUUUUGCCAGCAGUUAGGUACUCAUGCCAAGUGGGGCAGAUUAUUACCAAAUCAAAAAAAUAAAAAUCAGCCAUUUGUAUUUCCAUGGCCAGAUUGCGGAAAAAUAAAGAGACGUCGCUCAACUACAAAUUCUAUAAAAAUGCCAUAUUAUUCUGGUACAUGUCCAGAUUCAAAUAUUCAAGUGGAAAUCCAAAAAAAGUUUAUUGAUUCAUUUAAAAAAUAUGCAUUUAUUAAGGGACUCUGUCCACCUGAGAGUUGUACUUACGAAAAUGCUAAUGUCACAUGUGGAAGCCAUUCAUUUAAUAGGAAUAAGAGAGAAAUUACUAAAUUAAAAGAAGAAAAUUUCGAAAUUUUAAAUGAAAUUAAUGAUCAGUAUGAAAAUAAUAAUCAAGAAGAUAAUAUACUUCAGUUCAAUAUAGAAUGGACAGUAGCAAUAGCUGAUGAGUGCAAGAAUAGUGAAGAGGAAAAAUGUGAAGAAACAUCUGAUGAACUUACAGAUGAAGAAAUUAAAACAAAUUUGCAAGAUUUUCAAGUAACAAAUCUCGGAAUGUUAUCUAAUUAUAUUCCAUACAUAUCUCCAGUUGAAAAUGCCACUGAAUUUAUAAGUAUUCCAAAUUGUGAAAUUGGACAAAUUAUCCGAAAUAUGAGUUGUGUAAGUUGUCCGCAAGGAACAUUCUAUGACCAAACAUCAAAAGAAUGUCUGUCUUGUCCUGUGGGGACUUUUCAAGAUAAAGAAGCCAAAAUAUCCUGUAAGCAAUGUCCAAAUGGAACAUCAACAGUAAAUAAAAAUGCAAAAUCUAUAGAAGAAUGUAAAGGAUUUUGUUCUCUGGGAACAUAUUCAGAAACAGGACUAGAAACAUGUAAAGCUUGUCCAAUUGGCACUUUCCAGAAUUUACCUGGACAGAAAACUUGUAAAAACUGUACUACUGGUUUAACAACAUGGACAGUUGGAGCAACAUUAUUAUCAGACUGUACUAGAACAUGCCCACCAGGAACAUAUUCUGAUGUUGGAUUUCUUCCUUGUGAUCCUUGUCCACUUGGAACUUAUCAAAAUAAAUCUCAACAAAAAGAAUGCAUUCCAUGUCCUCCUGGUCUUACAACUAAAGUUGAAGGUGCUCAUAUUUUACAGUAUUGUACAGUUGUUAAUAUUUGUGAAGAUAUCAAACCAUGCAAUAAUUUGGGAACAUGUAUAAAUAUAGAAAAUGACUAUAUAUGUCAUUGUCCAACUGGAUUUCAAGGAAAGCAAUGUGAAAUAAAUAUUGAUGAUUGUUCUAAAGAACUUUGUUUGAAUAAUGGUACAUGUAUUGAUGGAAUUAAUCAAUAUUCUUGUUUGUGUGUACCUGGAUAUACUGGAUUAAAUUGUGAAAUAAAUAUAGAUGAUUGUAGUAUAGAUAAUUGCUUAAAUGGAGGUACAUGUAUUGAUGGAAUUAACAGUUUUGUAUGUAAGUGUCCAAGAGGAUUUACUGGAAAAAUAUGUGAUAUUAAUUAUUAUGACUGUGCAUCUAAUCCUUGCCAAAAUGGAGGAACAUGUUUUGAUCAAGCUGAUGGUUUUAGGUGUUGCUGUCCUAAAGAAUAUAAUGGAAAAUAUUGUGAAUAUAAAAUAAAUCAUUGUGAUUCAGUGCAAUGUCUUAAUGGUGGAAAUUGUAUUGAAAAAGUAAAUGAAUUUGAAUGCAACUGUACAAGUGGUUUUAGUGGAAAAUAUUGCGAAAUCAAUGAUGAUGAUUGUAAUGAUCAGCCUUGUUUAAAUGGGGGAAUAUGUAUUGAUGAAAUUUUAAAUUAUACUUGUAUGUGUCCAGCUAUGUUUCAAGGGCAGAAUUGUGAAAAUAAAAAGGAUAUAUCAACUAAUUUUGGAUUGCAGUUUACAUCAGAAAUAACAACUAACUAUGUAAAAAUAUAUAAUCAAAAGCCAUUGUAUGCAAUUACUGUUUCAUUCUGGAUGAGAUCUUUAUUUAGCCAAGAGAACAACAGGGGCACACCUAUCUCCUACAGCUACAAAGAUUUGAAUACAAAGAUGGAAGUUGAAAAUGCUCUCACCUUGAUUGAUGUCCAUAAAUUUCUGUUUUAUUUACAUGGAGAAAAAUUUUAUACAGAUAUUGAUGCAACUAAGGAUAAAGAUUGGCAUCAUUGUGCUAUUACAUGGGAUAGUCAAACAGGUGAUUGGUUUCUUUAUUGGGAUGAUAUGAUUAAAUUAAAAGGAUCAGGAAUGGCCAUUGGUAGGCCAUUUUGGAGUGGAUAUUUUGUACUUGGACAAGAACAAGAUAGUAUUGGUGGAGCAUUUAGUGCUGUAGAAUCAUUUUUGGGAGAGAUAACUCAAGUAAGUAUAAUUAUUAUUAAAACUAUUGUUAUUAAAAAAAGAUAUUCUUCAUCCAAUCAGAAGCAAACAUUUUAUCAUUCACGUUCUUUCAUGAUAGGAGACACAAUUUUUGCUCGUGACUUUUGUUCUAAAGAAUAUUGGGUUGCUGGUAAAGUUAUUCAGAAACUUUCACCUGUUACCUAUAACAUUGAGCUCCCUAAUGGUUCCAUAUGGAAACGUCAUAUUGAUCAACUGAGAUCUCGAUCAUCCUCAUCCCUCGAAUCUCAAGGUGCUUCAUUCGUUCCUCUUCAGCUGUGGUGGGAAGAAGAAAAUAAUCCUAUAGUUGAAAAUAUUCCCCAGAAAGACAACAUGAAAAAUUCAUCAUCAGAUACUGUCUUAACUUCAGACUCCUCUAGUACUCAAGAGUCAAGUCGUAGACAUCGUAAAACUCCUAGAUACUUACAAGACUAUGUUUGUAACUUCUCCUUAGGAGGGGAUGAUGCUAUGUAUCGCAGUGCCAUCUAUGGCAGUUCAAAUCGUUCUUUCAUGAUAGGAGACACAAUUUUUGCUCGUGACUUUUGUUCUAAAGAAUAUUGGGUUGCUGGUAAAGUUAUUCAGAAACUUUCACCUGUUACCUAUAACAUUGAGCUCCCUAAUGGUUCCAUAUGGAAACGUCAUAUUGAUCAACUGAGAUCUCGAUCAUCCUCAUCCCUCGAAUCUCAAGGUGCUUCAUUCGUUCCUCUUCAGCUGUGGUGGGAAGAAGAAAAUAAUCCUAUAGUUGAAAAUAUUCCCCAGAAAGACAACAUGAAAAAUUCAUCAUCAGAUACUGUCUUAACUUCAGACUCCUCUAGUACUCAAGAGUCAAGUCGUAGACAUCGUAAAACUCCUAGAUACUUACAAGACUAUGUUUGUAACUUCUCCUUAGGAGGGGAUGAUGCUAUGUAUCGCAGUGCCAUCUAUGGCAGUUCAAAUAAUUUUUUUUAUGAUUUAGGAUUAAUAUCAUACUGUUUUAAUAUAAAAAUUUUUCUUAUGAAAAUAAACUUUUUUCCAGAAAAUGGUGUUUGUAGUGAUUAUCAUUGUUAUUGCUAUAAAAAUGCAACAAUGGAAAAUUCAAAUUGUUGGAAAUCGGUGCUAACUUGUGAGCCAAAUCCAUGUGCUAAUAAUCAGCAAUGUAUAUUGAAAAAUGGUGUUUUUCAAUGUCAUUGUUCUGCUGGAUUAGAAGGAAAUCUUUGUCAAUAUGACAUUGAUGAGUGUGUAAAUAACAAUGGAAAUUGCAGUCAUUUUUGCACAAAUAUUAUAGGAUCAUUUAUAUGCUCUUGUCCAAAUGGAAUGAAACUAGCUGAAGACCAAGUUACAUGCAUAGAUACCAGUUACUGUACAAAUAAUAAACAUAUAUAUUUAGAUGGAGAAGUUUGGUCAGUAGGCUGUGAAAACUGUAAAUGUGAUAAAGGUGAUAUAACAUGCAUGAAAAGACCAUGUUCAGAAGUAACAUGUUUGGAAAAUGAAACAAAGAUGCUAAUCCCAGGAGAAUGCUGUGAUGAAUGUGUAGAAGAAUCAUCAUGUAAAAUACAGAAUUACCAAUUUAUGACAUUUGAUAAUUUUAUUUAUAAUUUUUCUGGAAGUUGCCGUUAUACUAUUGUGGAUGAUUGUGUUGAUGGAGAAUUUAGUAUCAGAUAUGAAGAUUUAAGUUUUGAAAACAAAGAGAAAAUUAUAUAUGCUUAUGUACAUUGUACAGAAGUUCAGAUUUUCCCAUCUGGAAAAAUUCUUAUCAAUGGAGAAUCUAUUGAAUUACCAUAUUUUGAUACAUUUUUAGACAUAAUUCUGAACAAUGAAAACCAUGUAAUAAUAACUACUACACAUGGAAUCAGAUUAUUAUGGAAAUCAUCCCAAACUAUUGAAAUUCAGGUUCCUCAGAAAUACAGAAAAAAAGUUUGUGGACUUUGUGGAAACUUUAAUGGUAUUAAAGAUGAUGACUUCUUUACAAGACAUCAUUUACCAGCAAGAACAAUUAUGGAAUUUGGUCUUAGUUGGAAAGUCGAAGGGCAUAAAUACUGUCGCAAACCUCCAUCGAAGAUACCAAAUGACUCAAAACUACAAGUUAUUACAUUCAACAAAUGUAAAUUUACUUCAUCUUACAGACUAAUGAAAGCCAGAAAGGAAUGUAAUAUCCUGAAAGAUAGCAAUUUUAGGAAGUGUCAUAAGUAUGUCAAUCCCGUACCAUAUUAUAAAAUGUGCUUACAGGACAGUUGCUCUUGCAGCUAUAACGAACCGUGUUAUUGUGAUUCUAUAACCGAUUACGCAUUGGAAUGUCGCCAUAGUAAUGUUUCCAUCAAACAUUGGACCCUUCAAACAAAGUGUGCUUUUAGAUGCGACGGAGGAAUGGUUUACGACGAUUGCGGUCCUCUCUGUCACGAAACAUGCGAUCCGAUGGGAAUGGCUCGUUUAUGCAGAAAUGAAAUCUGUGUUCCUGGUUGUUAUUGCCCCGCUGGGAAGAUCCUUUACAAUGGAAGAUGCAUAUUAAAAACAGAAUGUCCCUAUCCAAAUUGAGAUAUUCUGUAGUGGAAGAAAAGACUAUUUUUAUUGCUUAAUCAAAAUAUUGAUUUGUCAACGAAAAAAAAAUGUUGUAUAUUGAUAUAAUGUGAGUUAUUACAUAACGUUAAAAAUAUUGUUAGUGAAUUGACGAUUAAAUUUUUUAAACUUAAA